GCAGCCAUGUCUGGUCGCGGAAAGGGUGGUAAGGGCCUCGGCAAAGGCGGCGCUAAGCGUCACCGCAAGGUCUUACGGGACAACAUCCAGGGCAUCACCAAGCCAGCUAUUCGUCGCCUGGCCCGCCGUGGUGGUGUCAAGCGCAUUUCUGGGCUAAUUUACGAGGAGACUCGCGGGGUGUUGAAAGUGUUUUUGGAGAACGUGAUUCGGGACGCUGUUACCUACACCGAGCACGCCAAGCGGAAGACUGUCACCGCUAUGGACGUGGUUUACGCACUCAAACGCCAGGGCCGCACCCUUUACGGCUUCGGUGGUUGA